UAGAGGCCGGCGAUUAAUUUUUCAGGCAAACUCGCGUUUGUUUUGACGUUCGCUUGACUGCUUGAUUUCCGGAUCUGACAAAAAAACAAACAAACAAAAGAUUACACAGAAAAGUGUAAUUAAACUGGUGCAUCAUGGAGGAGGAAUUGGCAUCACCGUUAGGUGACAUGGAGCCCAACUUCCCGGCAGAGACCCACGCCGCCGAGGCCAUGGCGGCGGACAUGGACCCUUGGAUCGUGUUUGAUGCCAGAAGAACCCCCAGGUCGGAGUUUGACGACUGGCUGGAGAGCAACAGGCCAUCGCGAGUGAGCAGAUACGGCGACGAGGAGCGCGGCGUCAGACCGGUGGGCUGGAUCGCCGUGUUUGGCCCGGACGUCUGCCCCUGCACAGGGGACGUGGUGGAGCUCCAGGAGAGCUGGGAGAAACUGGUGGCCAGCGGGCGGCCGGUCAACUUCCAGAACGUGAAGGAGCUGGCCUUGAACCACGGCGUCCUCUCGGGCAAGUGGCUCAUGCACCUGGAGCCCGGUUUCAAGGUGGACCACGCCUGGGAGUGCGUGGCCAGAGCCACGCUGGACGGCAAGAUCUCCAACGUCAAAGUCAGCCCGCACGACCCCGACAAAGGAGGCAGGCACGUCAUCUGCGUCUACAACCAGAAUUUCACCGACGAGGGCGAAGUGGUCCAGCUGGAUGCUCAGAUCCGAGCCACGGGGGUCAAGUGCCCUCUGACCUACAAGCCAGACGUGUACACCCACCUGGGAAUCUACCGGAACAACUGCUGGAAUCUUUGUCCCACCAUCUACGAGAGUAAAUUCAACCUGGAGUGUGUGCCCAGGCGCUCGCACAUUGUCAACAAAGUCACCAAUCUGGAUGUCACAUAAGCCUGACUACAUGACUGUCUAAUUAAAAAAAAAAUAAAUAAAAAAAAAAAUGUUCGUCUGGGCCAAAAAGAAUCCAGUUCUUCCUGUUGUUGCAAAGAGCACAAAUAUGAAGUUGUCAUGGAUAUUUUUUUCUUCAUGCAUGAUUGAGAAUGUAUGCACUUUCACAGAUAAUUUUUUUGGUGGGGGAGGCACCUGCUUGGAUUUGUGCUAUGUUGAAGGGCGUUGAGGAGAUUCAUUUAGACAUAGUGCUAUUCACGGCAGAGCUGUCCCUUGCCCUCACAAAUAGCCUCCUACUGAUGCCCUCGAGAAGGGUUUGUAAUAGCCUAUAAAUGGCCCAAGAUGGUGGCAAAGGACUAUUUUUGCCUCAAUGAAGCUCAACUCACUUCAAAUUGUUUCCUCGGCAACAAAAUGCCAUAAGGUUGCAGCAAAGCACUAUUUUUGUCUUAAGGAAACCAACUCAGUUUUUGACAUUAAGAUGCCAAAAGAUGGCAGUAAAGCUCUUACUUUUUUUGGGUGGGGUGGGGGUCGUAGCACUAACUGUAAAUAACUGAGCACAGGUUUCCCCCCAAAAUCCAUGAAUGUGUGAAUUUGCAGGGUUCAUUGUUUUAAUAUUUCCACUCACCGCAGUGGAAAAGCUUCAGAUUUCUGCACAUUUUCAGUAAGCGUGGACAAAGGUUUUGUCUUUUUCAUAAACAGUCGCCAAAUAAAAGUAUCUUUGAA